AUGAAGAGUAAACGAGCGUGGUCACUCAAAGAUGCUGAAGCUGACUCUCAGCCCGAUCCAUCAAGUCUGAAGAAAUGCCCAAAGCGAGUGUCAUCUAAAAAGCUGAGCAGUACAUCUCAGUUUUGAGUGGUGAAGCAUAAGCUAAACUACAGUGUUGUUCCCAAUGAGAGGAUCCAGGACAAGCUGAGGCUAUUCUUAAAGCCUUAUAACAGAGAAUUAAGUUUAAAAUAAAUACAUAAGUCCUACUGAAGAGAGCCAGCAUAGUGAUUAUCACUGUGAUAGCUCUCCUCGAUGGGAAAAUAAGCUCAAGAAAAACAACUGGGAGAUCAAGCAGGGCAAAAACCGAGGCCGAUGGAAAGGACUCUCGGAUUUUGUCUUAAAAGAAGAUGAUAAAGUGUUCAAAAUGGCUUUAAGCAACAUCAAUGAGGAAUUACCCAAAAAAAAGAAAAAGAAAAAGCUUAACUUGAAUAAAAAUUGAUUAAAUAUUGCUACUCCUAAACAGUCUCAUGGCUCAAGCUCAGAUAAUUUCUUUCAGCUAAUUUCAUCAACAAAGACUUCAGCUUUUUAAAAGAAAUUUUGAAGGAAAUAAGAGCGUAAAGAAUACCAACAUCAAAUUCAAAAAUGUCAGGUUGACCAAAAUGGAUUAUGAUGUCUUUAACUAUACCAAAAAGAACAACGAUAGAAUUACUUCUCAGUUUAAUUUUCACGAUGAGGUUAGAAAGCUCAAUGCAAAUACUAAGUUAAACCAUUCUCUUAUCCCUAAGGCUAAAUCAAGACUAGGAGCCAGGAAAACAACUUUGCUUUUAGGAGUGAAUCACGGAAAAGAUUUUAUUCGAUACUACCCUGCUCAGGAUAAUUCUGAUUACUUACACCUGCGUAAUAGCUUGAGACCUAAAUUAACUUUCUCAUCUUUGGCUCCUAUGAAUCCUAGCAUCAGUUAUUCUCAGACUCCAACAGAGUUUGGGAAGAAAGGCAUUAAGGAGUCAAAGAAAGUUAGUCAGACUCCGAACACAAGUUCAGCAAUGCUCAAAAUUAAAUCUCAGAUAAAGAUGAGAGAUUUAAAAAUAGAAGAGGUCAAAAGAAAAUGAAUAAUCGAGCAAGUUAAAACCAAACUUUCGGUCAAAAAUAUGAAAAUAAAGAGCUCACCUAACAAAUCUCUAAACACAAAGAAGAAAUUACGACUUAAUAGUGAAAGAGGUAAAACUCAGUACUAAAAUAUUAGAAAAUAAGCGUACA